UGAACCAUCCAUGCGCUUCCUCCAUUCGAAUUGCGUUCAAAAUGUUAAAAGCUUCAUGAAAGCUCAGAAAUUCAUAAGCGCUCUCAACAGAAAUUAUAAAUAUUCGUUUGCAACCGAAUUCCAACAACGGAUGGUUUCUUCCUGGACUUCUUGAAUUUCCGUUAUUUGAUAUUUGGAAACAAAUCGUUUGAUCAAAUUCUUCUAUAAACCCAACCCUUCCCCCCUUUACAUCAUGUGAUAAUCCACUACAGGGGUUUUGAGGUUUCUCACAAUGGAUUUUCGGAAUUUGUUUAUCCCACUCGUCCUCUGUUUCUCUAUUUUCUCCCCCAAUUUCCACCUCCAAUCAUCAGGCUUACGCGAAAUGCGAGAUUCGAUGAUUAGAUUGCCCAGUGAUGAUUCUGACGGUCAUCCUUUUGAUCCAUCUCGGGUCACCCAAAUUUCGUGGCAUCCAAGGGCGUUCUUAUACAGGAACUUUUUAACAGAUGAAGAGUGCGAUCAUCUCAUUCUACUGGCGAAGGAUAAGCUCGAGAAAUCUAUGGUCGCGGACGUUCAAACUGGUAAGAGCAUAGAAAGUAUGAUUCGAACGAGCUCAGGCAUGUUUCUGAAGAAAGCUCAGGAUGAAGUAAUUGCUGGAAUUGAAUCAAGGAUUUCAGUUUGGACAUUCCUUCCUGUAGAAAACGGGGAGGCAAUGCAAAUAUUGCAUUAUGAAAAUGGUCAAAAAUACUCGCCACAUUGGGAUUACUUCCAGGAUAAGAUCAAUCAGGAAAGAGGUGGUCACAGGAUAGCUACUGUACUAAUGUAUUUAUCUAAUGUUAAGAAAGGUGGGGAGACAAUAUUUCCUCACUCAGAGUUAAAAGAAUCUCAACCGAAAGCUGACAUGGACUGGUCUACGUGUGCGAAAACAGGUUAUGCUGUGAAACCCAAGAAGGGAGAUGCUUUAUUAUUUUUUAAUCUUCAUCCUAAUGCUACAACCGACCCUUUGAGCUUGCAUGGUAGCUGCCCUGUGAUAGAGGGGGAGAAAUGGUCGGCAACCAAAUGGAUACAUGUAAGAAGUUUUGAUGUUAAGCCGGUUAUUUCAAGUCAAACGCAAGGCUGCAGGGACGAAAACGUCAAUUGCACUUUCUGGGCUGCCCGAGGCGAAUGUGACAAGAAUCCUAUCUAUAUGGUGGGUUCUGUUGAUACUCGUGGACACUGUCGAAAGAGUUGUAACGUAUGUUAGAAUCCUCAAUAACGUGUCAAUGCGUUUUUCGUUCUUUUUUUUUUCUUGUACAUAUAAUACUGAGUUUUUAAUUUUGUCCCUUUGUAGAACUAACAUAAAUUUUUUGGUCAAAUACAUUUUCUGUAACGAGUUUGGGGAUAUGGUUGAAGAUAUACAUGUUGAUCUUUUUCUGCAACAUGAAAUUAACACUCCAUGGCUGUUGAUACUUAGAAUGCUGAAUUUGGGUUCCAUGAAAAGCUGAUAAACACUAACACGACGUGCUAACCUGAUACAAAAUAGACAAAUUGAACAGGUUUGAGUAAGAUAUUUCAACUUGUUCAAGCUCUUUCAACGUUUCAAUUUGACAUGAACCAGGUACGACACAUAUUAAUGCAAGUGAUGUAUAGCCUACCUGGGUUGAUGCACCGGGUUCUAUAUUCAUAUCGGGAGUGCGAUUCCCUUAAACUAGCUUUUGUGAGAAAUUUUUUCCUAGAAAUCCCUAGGGGCUAGGUUCCGGGAUGCUCGUUGAAAGAUUGCAUGUACGCUUCCACUUAAUUCAUUUGCCAUUUCAAAAAAAGAAAAGA